GCCAUGACAUCUCAGCCUACCAACGAAUCCGAGUUGCAACUUUAUAGAGUACUUCAGAGAGCGAAUCUUCUUUCCUAUUAUGAUACUUUUAUCUGUCAAGGUGGUGACGAUGUUCAGCAACUUUGUGAAGCUGGGGAAGAGGAAUUUCUGGAAAUCAUGGCACUUGUCGGAAUGGCCAGUAAACCUCUGCACGUUCGUCGGUUGCAGAAAGCCUUACAAGAAUGGGUCAAUAACCCAGCAAUGUUUCAAACGCCGCUGGUCCCAGCCGUACCUCCAACACAUCCGAACUAUCCCGUUAACCAUAUGUCCAGCAGGCCCAGUUCGGUGACCCAAUCUCCUUUAUCCAUGAGGCCAAGUCCACCCAUGCCUAUGGUAUCCAACAAUAGCCAAUCAUCUCCAUCGCCCGGUUCUAAAGAUGUGCCAUCCCCAUCUCAAAUUCAUCAACAACGCGAACACCAACUUCCCCACUUACAACAGGUGAGUAGUUUUUGACAAUGAUGACGUUUCGGUAUUGUCGAUUUUUUAAAAACCUUCUAGGAAAAUGUUAAUUAGGAAGAAAGGUAUUUUACAACAUCGAACAUCAAUCUUAGCUACUCUGUUAUUAAUUGCCUCUUAACUCAGACACCUUACAGUAACAAAUUGUCUCUGAUAGACAGAGUAGCUGUUUCAUUUUCUUUCAUUCAGCUGUACUGAAUCGAUUCUAUGCCAAUGUGUUUUGUUAAAUGGUUUUGAGUAGAAACAAGCUGUUAGAAAGCAUCUAAUAUAUAUAUAUAUUAGAAUUAGAUAAUAAAAAUGAUCUUUGUAUAGGGUAGUUUGAUAGUUUUUUGUUAUAGAGAAAGUCAUUAAAAAUAGUUAGUUGUCCGAAUCCUUGACAUCUCUUCCUGUCAGCACUCAGCACGCGACUGAGAUUCUCGCUUGAGCAAUAGAACGCGUCGACCCGUGGUCAAGUAGCUGAUGGUUGAAGUCCAAUGUAGGCCUAUCAGACAGCAGGCAGACAGCUCAAAAAAAGUAAAUAAACAAACAAAAAUAUUCUAGACAAUAGCGUUGUAUGAGUUGCGAUAUGUGAAAGCUAUUAAAUUGACAAAACAAGUGACGAGCAGACAAUGAGCACGUUACAUUUUGGAUAUUCAUCUGUUGUACGGAUGGAUUAGUUCGUUAGUUUAUCACUUCACGAAUAUGGGGUCGACAGAUAUAGAGUGAAUGCGGGUCUAUAGAUAGAGACAAAAAUAUUUAAAUAAGAGCAUAGCGUAUAAAAGGCUACAUUCAGGUAUUAAUUUGACUGCAAUAUGAUAAACGAAUGCGCUGAAUUUCAAAAUAGAUGACGAUCGAGUAAAAGGAUACGAGCCAAAAACCUAAACACUUUCUUAGAUUAGAUUAUCUGAUCUUCAUUGUCUCUGUGAAGCUAUGUGUAGCUAUGAUUGGAUUUUUGUGAUGGUAAGGACUCGAAAGGAUCCUUUGCGUGAUCUUCUUUGUAACGUGAAAUGAGAGGUGUGAGUUAUUCAAUGCAAU